ACUUCACCAUACCCAUCUAAAUAUCACACAAUGCAACAGGCAAUCCCUUACAAGCCAUGGCCCCCCCUCCACUCCCCCACCUCCUCUGCCGCAGCACACCGUCCUCCGUCGCCACCUACCGCACAGACUGACGUGCUCGAUAUGGUGUCGGAAAACGCGGUCAUCGUGAUUGCCCGGAAAGGGUGCUGCAUGAGCCAUGUGGUACGGCGGUUGCUGCUGGCGCUCGGGGUGAAUCCGGCGGUGUAUGAAGUUGGUGUUGAGGAGGAAGCGGGGGCGUUGAGUCGGCUGGAGAUGACUUGUAAAGGCGAUGGCGGAGAUGAUGCGACGAAAGUGCAGUUUCCGGUUGUGUUUAUUGGGGGGAAGUUGUUUGGGGGGUUGGAUAAGAUUAUGGCGACUCAUAUUAGUGGAGAGUUGGUUCCCGUGCUGAAACAAGCAGGAGCCUUGUGGCUUUGAUUGACGCAAUUUCUAAAAUUUUCUCUUUAAAAAAAAAUUGUUUUUUUCCUCUUAAUCAUAGGUUUGAUUGCUUGUUAACUUCUUGACCUUUUAAAGUUGAAGGUGGAGGUAGAAAAUAGUAGUUUGAUUUCAAAAAAAAAAAAUUUGGGAGAAUUAUUUUAGAAUUUACCCCAUGGGGAUUUGAAAUGUAAUUCUGGUGGGAUUUGAAUGUAAUUUUGUUCUAUAGAUUUAUAAACCAAUCAUACUAGC